ACGUGCCCUAACAACAGAGAAAGGCCAAAAGUAUAGCCUACUAUACAUCGACUUAAAAUACAAAAAUAAACGCUAUUUUAUUUCAUGAAAGAGCGAGGUGGAGGGAAAAAGUGCGUGUUAAAUAAAUAGUAACCACCUGCGGUUGACACGCCACUUCUGUCCUCGCUCUCUCAAAUGCGGUCUAGCUGCGCUUUGGGAGAGAGUGGGUUAAAUCCUGACUCGGCAGGCAGGCAGGCAGGCAGGCAGCGCGCACCCCUCCCCGCCCCCAUCUCCCCGUUUCUGUGCGUCUGCUUUGGAGUUUUCCCUGUUAUAUGCGGGCUCGGCGGCUGUUUUUACAUAGUGACACACAAGGAUCGGCAACUUUGCCCGGACCCCGAACGUCGGAACACAACGGGGGGGAUCGCGUAUCGAUUCGGGACCCAAAGCACAAAUCGUAAGGCCCCGCUUUAAAUUUCUCCUGGCGACAUUUUUUAGGCCAUUUUCGUAGCCUUUAUCGGACUCUUUUGUUGCUGAGAACUGAGUCGGGCUAUUGAAAAGGGAACGAAAGCUGCAAUGGGGAAGACGGCCGCUGCGAUGGAACUGAAGUUUGGAGGCAAAUGAUCGGCGAUGCGCGAGUAUAUGUGCAGGACUGCAGGCUUUUGUGUUCACUGGCAGCUCUGAGUCCUCUUCACCAGGACCCAGAACCACUGGACCCACUCCCCCCCCACCGCCCCCCCACCUCGGCACCAUCGCCCCCUUCACCCCUCCUCUGCUGGAGAGCCGCGGUGUGCGUGGGGCAGGACCCCUGCUGCUUCCCCCUCCCCCCACCUCCCCUGUACAAGCGUGACUCCGUCCCCUUCCUCCGCCCCCACCCCUCCUCCUCCUCCUCCCCGCCGUCGCCAUGACGACCUCGGCCCUGCGCCGGCAGGUGAAGAACAUCGUGCACAACUACUCGGAGGCGGAGAUUAAGGUGCGCGAGGCCACGUCCAACGACCCCUGGGGCCCGUCCAGCUCGCUGAUGUCGGAGAUCGCCGACCUCACCUUCAACGUGGUGGCCUUCACCGAGGUCAUGGGCAUGAUCUGGAAGCGGCUCAACGACCACGGCAAGAACUGGCGGCACGUCUACAAGGCCCUGACGCUGCUGGACUACCUGAUCAAGACGGGCUCGGAGCGCGUGGCCCAGCAGUGCCGCGAGAACGUCUUCACCAUCCAGACGCUGCGGGACUUCCAGUACGUGGACCGCGACGGCAAGGACCAGGGCGUCAACGUGCGCGAGAAGGCCAAGCAGCUGGCGGCGCUGAUGCGGGACGAGGACCGGCUCAAGCAGGAGCGCGCCCAGGCGCUCAAGACCAAGGAGCGCAUGGCGGGCCUGGCCACCGGCAUGGGCUCGGGGUCCGGCGCCCUGCCGCCCCCCUACCCCGGCCGCCGAACCAGCCAGCCCAGCAUGGCCGCCCUGUACGGGGAGGACUUCAGCCGCUCCCGCGGGUCCCCCUCCUCCUUCAACUCCUCCUCUUCCUCUCCGCGCAUCCCGUCGGAUCUGGAGCAGGCUCGGCCACAGACCAGCGGAGAGGAGGAGCUGCAGCUGCAGCUGGCGCUGGCCAUGAGUCGUGAGGAGAGUGAGAAGCCUGCCCCUCGGGUGGAAAUGGACGAGCAGACUCAGCUCGAGAUCGCCCUCUACCUGAGCAAGGAGCAGCUGCAGCAGCCAGCCCCGCCCCCUCCCGUUGCCUUGGAGAUGGACGAGGACAUGCAGCUCCAGAUAGCCUUGAGCCUGAGCAAAGAGGAGCACGAGCAGGAGCAGCGCAGUCGUCAGGGAGACGAGUCCCUGCUGCAGAAAGCUCUGGAGGAGAGCAGGAGGGAGAGUGAGAGCGGGACGGGGGAGUCUGCGAUGAUGGACCUGGUGGACAUUUUCGGCCCGGUCUCUGGUGCGUCCCCUUCUGAUGACCCUUGGGACGCACAGCCUGCCACCCUGACGACCUCUGACCCCUGGGACUCUGUGGCGGGAGCACGCUCCACUACUCCAGUGAUUGGCAGUCCAUGGAUGGCCCCUCCCACCUCCACUAGCCCCUCCCAACCCUGGGGUCUCACACACGAUUCGUCAGAUCCCUGGGAGGCUCCACCCACUGCGCCUAGCCCCAACCAUGCCAGCCAAUCCUGGAGCUCCCCUGCCCAUCCUGUUGCAGGUGCUCCUGGGAUAGAUCCCUUCUCACUCCCAGGCGAGAACGCCAGGGAGCCAGACAGCAUCACCCCCAGAGUCUUCACCCCUCGCUCAGAAAGCCCUGCGGACACGGACCCAUUUGGGGAGGGUGGCAAGGUGGGGCAGGUGAACGGCCGCAGGGAGGGCAGCCCGGAGCUCUUUGACCUGUCCCGUCUGGGGGAGACCCUAAGAGUGCCCAGCCCCCGCACCUGCCGAACCCCCGAGGCCUUCCUGGGGCCCACGGCCGCCUCGCUGGUCAACCUGGACACCCUGAUCCCCCCCAACCCCCCCGCCAAAAACAAGAACCCCUUCCUCUCAGGUCUUAGCGCUCCCUCGCCCACUAACCCGUUCCACAGCGACCAGCCGCGCCUGACGCUGAACCAGAUGCGGCCCAGCUCCACCUCCCCCCUGCCCCCCGCGGCGCUCCCCUACAGCGCCUCCCUCCCCCUCCCGCUCCCCCACCAGCCGUCGGCCCUGCCCUCCUCCUUCACCCAGCCGCCCGCCUUCCCACCGUCCCACGGGCUGCUGGACAUGCCCAGCAACCUGCCCCAGCCGCUGCUGCCCCUGUCCCCCGUGCCCCCGCCGGGGCCUCCAGGGGACCCCCACGGUCAGAACCCCUUCCUGUGAGGACCUCGCCGAAUUGCCGCUGACAGUGCCGCUUCCGGCCCCUUCCAGAAAGUUCCUGACCUCAGACUACGCUGGAGCUGGAGACGCGCCCCGCCCCAUCCUGCCCGGACCUGGAUACGCCCAGCCUCUCUUGGCCCCGCCCCUGCCAAAGCUGAAAGGCUUUUUAUUUGUUUUUAAGAUGAAUUAUGAUUUUACCCCUGAUUAAUCCCUCUCUCUCUGUCUCUGCACACCUUACACCACACUGUAAGCUCUUGGCAGUCUGUGUGUGUGUGUGUGUGUGUGUGUGUCUGUGUGUGUGUGGAAGAAGUCUAGGAUUGCUUACAAUGCUCUUCUAUGCUCAAAGCCACGGCUGCCUUCCUGUGUUAUUCUCUGAAGUAGGAGUUUCCAGAGAAGGGAAGUGACAGGUGCCCACCAUGGCCCCUCCCUGUCCUGCCCUAGCCCUUCCCCACUCUGCCCUGACCCCUCCCUGUCCUGCCCUGGCCCCUCCCUACUCUCCCUGCUCCGCCCUGCACACCCCUCCUCUCAUAACUGUGACUCCCAACGACCAGCACCAAAUAACCGACAAAACUGGCACAGAUGCUCUGACUCUCGCCCCUCCCUGAAAGCCAGCUCUCAUCUCCCGGACCGUUUUUCUUACUGCGUCUUCACUGGGGGGCACAUAAUAUCUCGAGCAGAGCUGACUGUACCCCCAGAACCACGUGCCUGCCUCACCGACAGACCCACAAUGCAUCGCGAGCCUCUCGGCCAAUGAAACGCGUCGGAAACCCUCGCCUUCGGCCGCGUCGCCUCCGAUUGCCUCUGUGACUGAGUUCCACGCUCUCUGGGGCGAAGGCCGGAGCCGGGGGGAAGGACAGGCGGACGCUUAAGGGCAGACAGACUCACGGACGUGGGUUUCGGCCACGGCGUCGUUUCCACGGACAGGUCGUUUCGGGGUUCGGGGGGUGCGUGAGAGCUGGCCUGAAACGGACUGGAUUUGGACGCGUAACCCCGGUAAACACACUGAUUUACUCACCGUCAAAGUAUAAAUCCAUAAGUAAGAUGAGAUCUAAAUAAAAGAUUUAAAGGAG